AUGUCCUCCGAUCCUCGCCGCCGAGCCCAACCACCACCUCCUCCGCCUCCGCCGCCAGCAGCCGCCACACCAGAAACCAUUCCCCCGAUAACAACUUUAGACGGCACGACCGACGAGCGAGAAAUCCAAUCUCCCCCCAACGGCAGCACUCACCCACAACAACAACAACCGCCAAUAGUAGAACCGACCCCAACAGAAUCAACCCCCUACACCCUAAAAUUCUGCACCGUCUGCGCCAGCAACAACAACCGCAGCAUGGAAGCCCACCUCCGCCUCACCACCACCACACCCCCCUACCCCACCAUCUCCUUCGGCACGGGCUCCCUCGUCCGCCUCCCCGGUCCCUCAAUCUCCCAACCAAAUGUCUAUAAUUUCAACACUACCUCCUACAGCAGUAUGUACGACGAACUCGCCGGAAAAGACCAGCGUCUGUAUCGCGCGAACGGGAUCUUGCCGAUGUUGGAGAGGAAUAAGGGUGUGAAAUGGGGGCCGGAACGGUGGCAGGAUUGGCGGGUUGGGGUGCCGAGGGUGGGGAGGCGGAGUCCGGCGGCUGUCUUACAGGAGCAGGAGGGGCAGGGGCAGGGGCAAGGACAAGGUGGGCCGGUACAAUAUCAUACUACUGCGAAAACAGAAGCGGAAUUCAAAGACGACGCGGGAUACGCGGGCACCGAAGCCGGAACGGUAGAUAUCGUCAUAACGUGCGAAGAACGCUGCUGGGACGCCGUGGUCGACGACCUCUUGACCCGCGGUAGCCCUCUCAAUCGUCCCGUCCACGUCUUCAAUGUCGAUAUCAAGGAUAAUCAUGAAGAGGCUUUGGUGGGUGGGAAAGCUAUUCUUGAGCUGGCGGACGAGUUGAAUGCGGCGGCGCGGAGGGAGAGGGAUGUUUGGGUGAGUGGAGGUGGGGAGGAGUCGGGGUUUGAUGGGGGUGUGCAGGGGGCGAGGGAGGGGUUUGAUGAGCGUGUUCCGGAGAUUUUGGCCGGGUGGCAGGAACGGUGGCCGGGGUUACCGGCGUUGUGGACGCUUGCUUGGUUUUGA